AUGAGGGUGGCAGUGGGCAUGCUCUGGCUCCUGGCCCUCUGGGGGCACCCCCAAGCCCAGGGCUCCUGCCCGUCUCAAUGCAGCUGCAGCCUCCACAUCCUGGGUGAUGGCAGCAAGGCCAGGACGGUGGUGUGCAGCGACCCCGACAUGACCCUGCCCCCCGCGUCGCUCCCUCCCGACACCUCCAGACUGCGCCUGGAGCGGACGGCCAUUCGCAGGGUGCCCGGGGAGGUCUUCAAGCCGCUGGGCCGCCUUGAGCAGCUGUGGCUGCCCUACAACGCCCUCAGCGAGCUCAACGCCCUGAUGCUGCGGGGCCUGCGCCGCCUGCGCGAGCUGCGCCUCCCCGGGAACCGCCUGGCCGCCUUCCCCUGGGAGGCGCUCAAGGACGCCCCCCAGCUGCGGCUGCUGGACCUGCAAGCCAACCGGCUCGCCGCCGUGCCGCCGGAGGCCGCGCGCUUCCUGGGGAACCUCACCUUCCUCGACCUCUCCAACAACCAGCUGUUGAGGCUCCCGCAGGAGCUGCUGGCCACCUGGGCUCACCCGCAGACCGGGCCCGUCCUUCCCGGGCACCGCACCAGGCUGGUGCUAGGGCUGCAGGACAACCCCUGGGCCUGCGACUGCCGCCUCUAUGACCUGGCCCUUUUCCUGGAAGGCUGGGCCCCACAUCUGGCUUUCAUAGAGGCCAGGCUGAAGUGCGCCAGCCCACGCAGCCUGGCCGGAGUGACCUUCAGCCAGCUGGAACUGAGGAAGUGCCAGAGUCCGGGGCUCCGUCCAGGGGCGGCCAGCGUCAGGUCCCCGCUGGGCAGUGCGGUAUUGCUACGUUGUGGGGCCACCGGCAUCCCUGGGCCAGAGAUGAGCUGGAGGAGAGCCAACGGGCGCCCACUCAAAGGCACAGUGCACCAGGAAGUCUCCAGCGAUGGCACAAGCUGGAUGCUGCUGGGCCUGCCUGCUGUGUCCCUCCUCGACUCUGGAGACUACAUCUGCCAGGCCAAGAACUUUCUGGGAGUCUCUGAGACUGUCAUCUCCCUAUCCAUCACGGAGCCUCAGGCUUCCACAGAACGGAGUGGGAGCCCAGGGGCACUGUGGACAAGGACAGGUGAGGGGGCGGGAGCUGCUGCAUACAACAAGAUGGUGGCCAGGCAUGUCCCUGACAUCCCUGGACCUGCUGUUCUGGCCACUGGGUCCCCUGUGCCCAACACGAAGGGGGAGCUGACCCUCCAGCACUUCCAGGUGGGGACUCCAGGAGAGCUCUCGAAUGGGCAGGCAGGACGCCAGGAGGCCCGAAUGGUGAGGUCUCUCAAGGUGGUGGGAGACACUUACCAGAGCGUGACCUUGGUGUGGAAGGGCCCCCAGGCUGGGAACACAACCACCUUCAGUGUCCUGUAUGCGGUCUUCGGGCAGCACAACAUGUGGCGGGUGGUGGUGCCACCUGGGAAGACCAGCGUCACCAUCCGUGGGCUGACGCCCAAGACGAAGUAUGUAGCGUGUGUCUGUGUGCGGGACCUGAUGCCCCAGAAGGAGCAGUGUGUCAUCUUCUCCACAGAUGGGGUGGUGGAUGCCGAGGCCACUCAGCGGCUCAUCAACGUGGUGGUGAUCAGUGUGGCCAUUGUCAUCGCCCUGCCCCUCACCCUGCUCGUGUGCUGCAGAGCUGUGCAGCGGCGCUGCCGCAAGUGCCACCGGGGGGGCUCUGCUGAGGCCACGGGGGCCUAUGUCAACCUGGAGAGGCUGGGCCACAGCGAGGACGGCUCCGAGCUGUCUCAGCACAGCCUCAGUGAGGCCGACAGGCUCCUCUCUGCCCGGUCCAGCCUGGACUCUCAGGUCCUGGGCUCCAGGGGGGCCAGGCGGAUCAAUGAGUACUUUUGCUGA